AUGAAUAUUCCUGUUCUUCUCAGUCAGCAAACACCUAAAGGAAACAACGUACUACACAUUGCAGCUGAGCACAAGCAAAUCUCUGUCUUCCAGGACCUCCGGCGAGCGCGGCGGCUUCAACAUUCGAUGUUUUGGACCACCAACAAGAUGGGCGACACUCCUCUACAUGUUGCUGCAAGAGUUGGCUGUGAUAAGAUAGUCAAGUUCCUCAUCGAACACGCAAAAGCUAGAGCAGUAGAUGAGGAAAGCAGACACAGACAGCAAGCUGAUGAUGAUCACGGUGAAGCUCAUAAGAUACUGCUCCGAAUGAUCAACCUGGAAAUGGAUACAGCCUUGCAUGUCGCUGUUAGGUACGGUCAUUUUGGGGUGGUGCGUUUGUUACUUGCAGCUGAUCCUGAACUGUGUGGCUUCACUAAUUGUGCCGAUGAGUCUCCCUUGUUUCUAGCUACCCGUCAAGGCUUUCUUCAGAUUGCUCGUCUUAUCUUACACGAGGGUCCAACAUCUCCUUCUUUCCGAGGAUUUAAUGGUAUCACAGCUUUGCAUAUAGUCGUAAGUCAGACCAGUGAAGAAGCCAAAGGCAUUUUCAAGAUUAUGGUGUCGAAAAUUCCGAAAAUGAUAGAAGAAGCUGACGUUCACGGGUGGACUCCAUUACAUUACGCAGCAUUCGUUGGAGACUCUAAAGCAACUCGAGUACUAAUGGAAACUUAUUCUGCUGCUUAUAACGCGGAUACGGCACUGAUGAAAACUUAUUAUGUUCCUUAUAACGUGGAUAAAUCGGGAAUGUCAGCUCUUCAUGUUGCGGCCUAUGCAGGUCGCACGGACGUAAUAGAUGAGUUGGUUAUGAGCCGCCCUGAUCUCGUUGAUGUGCUCAAUCACAGAGGCCAAACGGCUUUACAUGCAGCAGUAGCCGGUGGACAAGUAACCGCUGUCAAGCAUAUGUUGAUGUUUCCUAUAACAGGAGAAGUGACUAUUAUAAACCAUGCAGACAAAAAUGGAAACACUCCUUUGCAUAUGGCUUCCAUUUAUGGAAAUCGAGAAAUUAUAAACGUUUUGAUGAGGGACGCAAGAGUGGAUAUUACGGCUAUCAAUAAGGAUCUCUCAACGGCUGCCGGCAUUUUUCUUUGCAAUAAUACUGGAGAACAGGAAAAAUUGGGGUGCUCCGUUGGUCCGCCACUUUUCCAACAGCUCAAUCAUGAUUACUGGAAAUCGAAAUCUUCGAACAGCAUAGAAUUGAAUCGAAGACGUGAAUCCAGACUGCUGACAGCAACUCUUAUCGCAACGGUGACAUUUGCUGCAGGUUUCACCGUUCCCGGCGGAACAAGAAGCGACGGGAAGGCGGUUCUAAAUGGAAGUAUGUACUACAAAACGUUUUCACUAGUGAACUGGUUUUCCUUCCUGGCUUCAGCUUUUGUCAUCUACAAUGAAAUAUUAGAGAAAACAGUGUUACCUGUUCGUCUAGUCGCCUUGCUCAUUCAGUUAUCGAUUGGAGGAAUGGUGGUAGCUCUUGCUGCUGGUUAUAGUGCACUGCAGACCGGUUUCCGGAAACCGACUACGGCUGAAAGCAUGCAGUUCAUAUUCGUAACUAUAGCAGUACCUUUGCUCUUCCUUUUGUUUCCCAUGUACGUCUGGUUGCUAAAACAAUGUUGGAAGCAGAUAUUCCCACCCCGCCGCGAGAACAAUUAG